AGCUGUGUCCAAUCACAGCUGAUCACUGAUGAUCAGCGUAGCCCCAGCAGUGCCACCUGUCAGUGUCCAUCAGUGCCUUAUGUCAGUGCCUCGUAUCAGUGCCACAUCAAUGCCACAUAUCAGUGCCCAUCUGAGCUGCCUUUCAGUGUCACCCAUCAGUGCCAGUCAGUGUUGCCUAUCAGUGGGCAUCAGUGCCAGUCAGUGCCGCCUAUCAGUGCCCAUCAGUGAUGCCUGUCAAUGCCCAUCAGUGCCACCUAUCAGUGUCCAUCAGUGCAGCCUCAUUAGCGCACAUCAG